GGAAGAAGCACUAUGAGUGUAAGAAAGUAAUAAUUACGCAAAUGAUCCACUCAAAUAAAACUUUGAUAGUGAAUUUUCUAUGUUAAAUUGUUUACAAAACUACUGACAGGAUAACAAUGAUUCAUGAAUCGACAUUUUCUGCUGGUUUGACGGGUUUAUUGCUAAAGAUUCACUCUGAUUCUAUGAUGUUAUAUAAAUUCAGUUACAAAUAUGCUAGAUAUAUUAUAGGAUUAAACAUUCUUUUUGAGGAAUUUAUCGAUGAAUAAAAGUGCAAAGCACUUUUAUGUUAAGUUUGUGAGUAAAAUGUCCAGAGUUUACACAUCGAUAAAUUCUUCAAAAAGAAUGUUUGAUUCUUAUAAUUCCAAUUCAUUCACUUUAUUAACAAUUGCAAAAAUUUAAAUAGUUUCCCCGCACUAUGUUAUUUGUUUUCAGGCGUGUAUGAAUACAUCGCGUUUUCGGGUUUAUUGAUGUAUAAACUCUUGUUCAGCUUUAUUUUUGUCCAAUCAAAACAAUUGUAAUAAAUAACAUUGGAAUUAUGCUCUUUUAUUUUUCAAUUUAUUUACCGUCAGUUACAGCUUGUAUUGCUUUAAUAUCUAGAAUGCAUUAUUCAAAUCAGAAUCCCCUGUAAUAUGUUACACUUUUGGUAAUUUGCACUUGAUUAUUUCGAAGUUCAAACUAAUGACUUUUAUUAUGUUUGUGAAACACUGAUGCCCUCGUACGGCUAAAAUCCACAGUGAAGGUCAUGAGGUCAAAACGUUUAGUACGAAUAGGAAGGUAUGUGUGAAAUUUGAUUUAAGCACUAAUGUUCAAACAUUUUGGUUAAAGAUUUUCAAAAGAAAGCCAAAUCACAUGGUAAAGGUUUUAAGGUCAAUACGUCUGGUACCAACAGAAAAGUAUUGUCAUAAGAAUACACAUGUGAAAAUCCUAUCACCAUUCCUUCAAAAGUUAUAACCAAGGUUAAAGUUUCUGAAGGUAGACGGACAGAUCAAAUCUAUAUGCUGAAUGAUUAAUUUGAAUCAAUAAGCUUUCAUAACAUUAUCAAUUAAAAAUUUAAACACAUGAAACUUUUCAUUGAUAUUCUUCUGCUGUAGCAAUAUUGUGUUGUGAUUAUCAGUAGAUUAUUGGCAAAUCAUUUCUAUGCGUUAUUAUACAUUUUGACACGUUUACUACAAAUGCUUGCAUGUCCGAGCGAACAUGCAAACGUCAGCUUUUUUUUUUUUUUUUUUUUUUUUUUUUUUUUACAUUUUCGUCGAACUUGAUUAAAGAUUUAGAAUGUUUUACUUUUUUGUAAGUUUGAGUUAAUGCAUGUUGUUUAUAAAACGCAAUUUGAUUUCUCACUCCCAAAACAUUGCUAUUGGAAAUGUGUGUGGGUUGUGUAUCUCCACACAGGUAAAUCAUGAAUAUCGAUGUGAAGCAAAGCAAUUUAAACCAUAACUCUAUAUACAUGUAUAUGUACCAUGCAUUCCCAAUAUAUAUAACAAUAGAAUGUUCAAGUAAUAUGGUGGAUAAAUAGGGAUACCGAGAAUUAACAUAUAUCCUAUGAUUUCAUGCCAGCUUUAGAAUAUCACAAUAGUUUGACCUCAAUAUAGAGAUAUGUUAAGACAUUUAAGCGUUGCCAAAUUGACAAGUUUUGUUGACCAUGCCAUUUGCAAACAGAAGUUAAUUGACUUGCAGAUUAUCAAUAUUUAAACAGAUUAGAGUUUAUCAAACCAGAUAACUAAGUCCGAAGAGGUCACUAAAUAAGUUUUUUAUUUGUUUGUUUGUUUUACAAUUGUACAUCCCGUUGAGAAUUUUUCACUCGGAUUGAGACAUCACCAGCUGUAGGCGAAGUACCACAUAUUGAAGCUCAGGGUCGUAGCGGUGAGGGUUCUUUAUCGUGUCAACGUCUGUCGCGACACAUGACUCCUUUUUAAGGUCAUAUCAGACAUACCUACCGAGCAUUUGGUAAAGGAGCAAUCACUACCUAUGUUUACGUCUUAAGUUUGACGCAGCCAUGGCACGAGGAAGAAUCGAACUCAUGACCUUCCGGUUAAGAAGCGAACGCUCUAUCACUGAGUCACCAUCUUUGCACGCCAAGUGUUCGAUUCGCUUACUCUCCUCAGAGUUUGCGAAUCGGACACUUAGCUUGCGAAGAUGCUGGGCCAUCGGUCAUGCACUAAACAAAACAAAAUUACCCAAUUACCUAUUAUCAUAAGCUGAAACUAACAUAUCUACCUCUCUUAAAUUUCAGAAAUAGUUAUCUUUUUUAAGUUUCUUGAACACAGAUGAUUUAUGCAGAAUUUUCAGAUUCCCGAUUACAGCAUGAACAACUUGAGAGACAUAUUUGGUAGCCAGGACGAACGAAACAACAUAUGGGGUUCCGGUUUUCUGAAUAUUGACAAUGGUAAAGGCCUCCACACUGUGCACGUGGGAACUCAGUUCCCCAAUCCGGAGUCCCCGCACGGGAGCGAGAACGGCGACCACCCUGAGGAUGAAGAAUGGGAAAAGACGAAUCUGAGAUACGGCUGGGGGAAAUUUAAACCGGAUUGUCUCCAAGUCUUCAACACUAUCCGAUGGUUCGUGUUUUUUUCGUGUGUGUUUAGCCUGUUCCAAGGAUAUCUCGUCAACGGAGUCAUCAGUGCCAUCAUAUCCACGCUGGAGAAAAGAUUCGAACUUCCGAGCUCCAAGUCUGGCUUGAUAGUCAGUUCUAAUGACUUUAUAGCCUUUUUCCUGGUGCUGUUCAUCAGUUUUUAUGGCGGCGAGAGAAACAAACCACGAUUGAUAGGGAUAGGCAUAAUUACACUUGGGAUCGGAUCGUUCAUUUUUUCAUUACCUCACUUUUUGGCGGGAACAUAUAGUGUUUCGUCAGAUCUUGCUGCUUUUGAAAAUGCCUGCUAUGUUAAUGGCACGAGUACAGCAUGUUCAACAACGAAAUCGGCCGACAGUGUACAGAAAUACCUAUACGUGUUUAUGCUGGCUAACGCCCUUCAUGGUGCUGGAUCCACCCCCAUGUUUACUCUUGGAACGACGUAUAUUGACACGAAUACUAAAGCAAAGAAUACGUCAUUCUAUUUAGGUUUGAUUUAUGCGGCUGCUUCUAUUGGCGUGGCGGCCGGUUAUAUGCUUGGCGCACAAACAUUAUCCAUAUAUACGGACUUUGACAAGGUUGAUCCAGAAGACCUGAACAUAACCCCUAUUGACCCCCGUUGGGUGGGAGCUUGGUGGAUUAACUUUCUGAUUGUGGGCAGUGUCAUGUUCCUGAUAACCAUUCCAGUAUUAGGAUUUCCUAAACGACUUCCGGGAAGUAAGAAACUCUUAGAUGAGAGAGAAGAAGAGGCGUAUGUUUCAGCCAAAACAGAAAACGAGGAUCUGAAAGAAAAACCGGGAUGGAGGGACUUUCCUUCCAUGAUUUCGGCUCUGUUAAAGAACCCCACGUUUUUAUUUCUCGCCCUCGCCACCUGCACUGAGGGGAUGGUUGUGAGCGGGAUUGCUGCAUUCGGUGCCAAGUUCUUCCAGGAGAAAUUUAACCUACCCGCUGCCUUCGCCGGACUUCUGAUGGGAAUAGUGACGGUACCAGGAGCAGGUGGAGGAAUGUUUUUGGGAGGACUUCUGGUGAAGAAACUUAAACUAAAAGUAUUGGGGAUUAUCAGAAUGGACCUCAUCGUUGCAACAAUUGCUCUUAUCAUCGGAUGUGUAUUCUUCAUUCAAUGUCCAAAAGUUGAAAUGGCUGGUGUCACGACUCAUUACAUUGAAAAAGGAGACUUUGGCGACAAUCCCAGCAAUCUCACCAGUUCCUGUAAUGCUGAAUGCCAUUGUUCCUCCAUGUCGUAUGAACCAGUAUGCGGAACGGAUGGUCUGAUAUAUUUUACCCCGUGUCAUGCUGGGUGUAUGAAUGAUUACAAAUGGAUGGACAGUCCUAUGGGAAAAUUUAAGGCCUACAUGGAUUGUUCGUGUGUUCAAGCCAGUUUUGCGUAUCAAUUUACAAUGGCUAACAAGACAUCGGUAGCAGAGACCACUACAGUUUCUGUUCCUACACCUACCACUCUGUCCAACCAUACCAACGGCACCGCCAUGCCGAAUGCCUUUCAAGGAAUAUGUCCUACGGACUGUAAGCUGAUAUGGGUUGUAGUUCCUCUGUUGUUCAUAGGAAUGCUUAUGACCUUCACAACAGUAUCGCCCACACAGACGGCAACACUCAGGUGUGUGUCUUUAAAACAGAAGACUCUAGCGAUAGGAGUACAGUGGCUUUUCCUAAGACUUCUAGGAACGACUCCCGGUCCUUUGAUUCUUGGAUCCAUAAUCGACAGUGCAUGUCAGGUCUGGCAAGAUAUCUGCGGGGAAACCGGAAGCUGUUGGGUUUACGAAAAGACGGACAUGGGAGUUAAGAUGUUUGUAUGGUGGUGCUUAACCAAGUCUUUGAGUGUACUGUUUUAUUUCUGUGCCCAAUACUUUUAUAAACCACCAGAAAAAACUCUCUCUGAUGAAGAGGAUGAAAAACAUUCCAUAAAUCCUGUCGAAUUUGUGGAUGCUAGAGAGAGUGUCAUAUAGAGAUAUCAAACAUGUCAUAGUGCUAUAGAAUGUAGAUAUCCAACAAUAUGUCUAAAGUUUUAAUUAUAGAUAAAGACAUGUAGAGAAGAAAUUGGUGUUUGUAUAAUAUAACAGUGUAUGCCUGUACUAUUGUACAUAAUGAAACGUAAGGAAGAAAUGGGUAUUUGUAUAAAAUGACAGAAACAAA